CACACACACAGAACAGUAGCCAGCCAGCAGCCGUGACGUGCACAUACACACACACACGUACAUAUAGUUACGUACAUAAGCUGCCAAGUUCUCUCUAUCUCUAUCUUUAAUUCUCUCUACCGAUUGACACUUGAGAGAGAGAGAGAGAAAAAAAAGUGAGAGAAGAGGGAAGAAAAAAGAGAGAGGUGAAGAAAAGAAGAAAUUUUAAGGAAGACCACCACCACCACCACCACCAACAACAACCAACAACAACAACAAUGAGAAAAGAAAACGUCAAAAUACCAAAAGAAGAAGAAAACGUGAGUGAAGCAAAAAUGGAAGGAGUGACACAAACAUUUCAAAUCAAGACUAGAGAUCGCAAGUACAUAGGCUUUGAGGACACGGAGGCGGAGACACAGUGGCAGGGCGCGUUCACCUUCAUCCAGGCAGCCGACACGCAACUAGGCCUACAGGAAAAAUAUAUAGAGAAAAAAACAAACCCUGGCUGGGAAAAAGAAGUGAAAUGGUGCACGCAAAUGGUGACAAAAGUUAAUAAAAUGAAUCCCGCGCCUAAAUUCUUGGUGAUUUGUGGUGAUCUAAUAGACGCGUACCCUUAUGAACGUAAUGGUGAUGAAAAGGAAACCAGACAACACCAGGAAAACGAUCUGAAAAUGGUGUUGAGUGAGCUGCAGAUCCCACUGGUGUGUGUGUGCGGAAACCAUGAUGUUGGAGACACACCCACUGCAAAAACUAUCCUUAAAUAUCAAUCCAGUUUCGGUGAUGACUAUUUCAGCUUCUGGUGCGGUGGUGCCUACUUUCUGGCGCUCAAUUCCCAGUUCUGGCAAGACAGGAGGGAGGUGGAAACACUCGCCAGGGCACAAGACGAGUGGUUAGAGGCUCAGUUGCUGUACAUCGAGCAACACAAGCCAAGACACUCGAUAAUACUGCAACACAUCCCUCCUUUCAUAGACACGAUAGAUGAACCGUCACAGUAUUUCAACCUGCCCAGUUACAUACGUCAGGAAAUGCUAGACAGGUUCAUAACUGCUGGUGUUAGGUACGUGUUCUGCGGCCACUACCACAGGAACGCUGGCGGUGUCUAUAACGGCCUGGAGGUUAUAGUCACAUCUGCUGUAGGGGCGCAGUUAGGAACGGAUGUUAAUGGUUACAGGGUUGUGAAUGUUAUGGAGGACAAAGUUGUGCAUUGUUAUCAUGGGGUGGAGUGAAGGUUUAAGUUAGGAAGGUGGAGUUAGGAAGGUUCCAGUUAGGAAGGUUAAAGUUAGGAGGGUUGAUUUAGAGUUAGUCUAGAUGUUAUGUUACCAGUGAUUGGAGUAAGGGUUAGGUUAGGUUAGGAAGAAUAAGUUAGGAAGGUUAGGUUUGGAACGUUGUGUUAGGAAGGUUAAAGUUAGAGUUAGGUUAGUAAAGGUUAGGUUAUUUGAGUGCAGUUUUAUCAGAAGGUUAGGUUAGGAAGGUUAGGUUAGGAAGGUCAAGUUAGGAAGGUUAGUUUAGAGUUAGGCUAGGAAAGGUUAGGUUAAGUGCAUUGUUAUCAGAAGUUGGAGUGAAGUUUAGGUUAGGAACAUUGCAGUUAGGAAGGUUAAUUUAGUUACACUAGAAAAAGUUUGUCAGGUUAAAUGCUUUGUUAUUAUGUGAAAUCAGGUUAGGAAGGUCAAGUUAGGAACGUUUAGAGUUAGGAAGGUAAGUGUAGAAUUUGGACAUUCAGAGUUAGACUGGAAAAAAAAGUUAGGUUAGGUCAAGUUAGGAACGUUUAGAGUUAGGAAAGAUUUGUUCAGUUAGGAAGGUUGUUCGGUUAGAUUUAGGUUAAUUCAAGUUUCAUUUGGUCAAAGUUAGGAAGGUUAGGUUAGGUUCAUAUGUGACCAAAUAGGUUAUAUACAGAUUACAUUAGGACAAGUUAGUAACAGAAGAGAGAGAGAGAGCACACACACACACACACACACACACACACACACACACACACACACACACACACAGUAAAAAUGUAAAAAUUAAUUCUCUAUACUGUAUGUCAUUUAUAUAAUCAAAUAUUUACUCAUGUUUUUGGGGAAAAUUUUAUCAAAUCAAUAAAUAAGUUCAGUUUUA